AUGUCAGAAGCUCAUAAUGGUGUUCUCAAGGGAACUCGAAAACUUCCCAUCUCAACAAUUGUUGACCUCACAUUCAACCGCAUUGUUAGGAUUUGGGGUUUAUAUGGAGAUGAUGGUGAUGAUGAUCCACACCCUAGAGUGAUGCAGUACUUAAUUGAUACUAGGUUCUAUGGAGUAUAUCGAUGUGGUAGUCUCGUAGUCAAUUUGCAUCUUAUUGCAGCUUCAGUGGAGAGAUGGCGCCCGGAGACACACACGUUUCAUUAUCGAGCAGGGGAGGCGACAUUGACACUUGAGGAUGUCUCACUAUUAUGGAUUUUGCCUGUUGAUGGACUACAUGUUACUGGACAGGAUAUUUCAUGGUCGAAGGAGCAGUGGCAGGUUUAUUGUCAGACGUGGUUGGGAUAUGGUCCUUCAGAUGCAGCUUUCAAAGGAGGACGGCUCUUUGCAACUGAUCUGGACCUACAUUUACGACAUUGCACGAUUACUGAUGACAGCACGGAGCAGCGUAUUCAGCAGCAUACCAGGUGUUUACUGUUAUUGCUACUUGGGGAGGUUAUGUGUCCUGACACAUCUUCAAGUGCAAUCUCGUUGUUGUAUCUUCGCCAUUUCGAAGAUCUUGAGGCAGUGCGUACUUUCAGUUGGGGUAGUGCAGUUCUUGCAUAUUUGUAUCGUGAGCUAUGCACUGGGGCUUUACAUAGGAAAGUUGUGGAACAAGGCGGCACUGUUGAGUUGGAUAAGAGGCUAACUAAUCUAGGUGGUGUGCUUACUUUGUCACACGUAAUAUGA